AUGUUGGUUGGAGAACGUAUUAUAACUUUGCGAAAUGGGAUUGGCUCUGUUGGUAUGUUUACUUCACGGAUAACUCCAGUUGGGGGAGAACCAAGAUGUUUAGAUUGGGGCUCGAGUAGUACUAGCCCAGAAGAUCAAGUGAGGGAAGCAGUAAGUAGUCCUUUUCAAGUGAAAGAUCGUCGUGGAGAAACCUAUAAGAAGCAUAAUGUUCCAUCUCUAGAAGAUGAAGUUUGGCGCUUGUGCGGGAUAGCAAAAGAUGGUAAGAUCUGUAGAAGAUUGAAAGAACGUCAAAUUUACAAAGUGGAGGACUUUGUCAGACAAUAUCACAAUGAUGAAUCUUUACUCCGUCAAAUUGUCAAGGUCUCACCACGAAAGUGGAAGGCAAUUGUUCAACAAGCUACUACAUGCUAUUCAGACCAACCAAGCUCAAAUCUGAGUAACUUGGCACAAAAUAACAUCCCUAUUGACAGUACUAUCAACCCAAAUACUAUUCCAUGCUUUGAUAUGCAGCAACAUUCGCAUUAUGUGCCUCCAGCUUUUCAAGCUGAACAAGCUGAAAUGUCAGAAUUCCAUCCAGGGGAGCAUAGCCAUCAGCUGAAUCAAUCCACAGCUUUAGACGAAUCCUUGCUCGAGGAUUUAACUCUAGAUUAUUGCUCUAUGCCAUCAUCUUCUGUCACUCGGUUCAGUGAUAGUCACACCUCACCUUGGUUUCCUGCUCAAUCAGCAGGGGAAGACAGCGAGUGUAUUUUUAUGAAUUCUAGCAUGUCCUCAACCCUGGUGCGGGUGUUAAUGCGCGGUAAAUCCAGACAGUGA